AUGUACCAGCUGUGGAUCCUGGGGGCCCUGGACAACACAGGUUCCCUGACGCCCACUGGGAGGCUGAUGGUGGAGUUCCCUCUGGACCCGGCUCUGUCCAAGAUGCUGAUCGUAUCAUGUGACAUGGGCUGCAGUGCUGACAUCCUCAUCAUCGUCUCCAUGCUGUCUGUACCGGCCAUCUUCUACAGGCCUAAGGGUCGUGAGGAGGAGAGUGACCAGGUGAGGGAGAAGUUCUCGGUCCCAGAGAGUGACCACCUGACCUACCUGAACGUCUACCUGCAGUGGAAGAACAACAACUACUCCAGCAUCUGGUGCAACGAACACUUCAUCCACACCAAGGCCAUGCGAAAGGUGCGCGAGGUCCGCUCCCAGCUCAAAGACAUCAUGGUGCAGCAGAGGAUGAACCUGGUGUCCUGUGGCUCAGACUGGGACAUCAUCAGGAAGUGUAUCUGUGCUGCCUACUUCCACCAGGCAGCCAAGCUGAAGGGCAUAGGGGAGUAUGUGAACGUGAGGACAGGCAUGCCGUGUCACCUCCACCCCACCAGCUCUCUGUUUGGCAUGGGCUACACCCCAGACUACAUCACCUACCACGAGCUGGUCAUGACCACCAAGGAGUACAUGCAGUGUGUGACUGCGGUGGAUGGGGAGUGGCUGGCUGAGCUGGGGCCCAUGUUCUACAGUGUCAAACAGGCAGGGAAGAGCAGGAUGGAGAACCGGCGGCGGGCCAAGGAGGAGAUCACUAACAUGGAGGAGGAGAUGUCUCUGGCGGAGCAGCAACUGAGGAGCAGGAGAGAGGAUCAGGACAGGAAAAGUAAUGUGGGCAGCGUCAGGUAUACUCAUCUAUCUUCAUCUAUUCUUCACAGAGAGGUUUCACUCUGACAAUAGUCCCAGUCGCUAUUAAAUAGACCGCCGCGGCCCCACCCYCCUGUGGGGAAAAUGACCUGUGGUUACCUUGGUUACCCAAUUGGCUCACAGCAAAAUCUUGACCUUUUUCAAACACAAGUUCCUUACAAAGCUACAUUUAAUAAAAGUACAUGUCUAAAGAUUACUUUUCAACACUGCCGAGUGUUUCGCUACUUAGAAAAACGUAAUAUUGAAAGGCUUCCC